AUGCGAGUGUUGCUCCUUCUGCUUGGGAGCCUGUUGGUUCUAUCUAUCAAUGCCCUCCCAGGCCGGAAGAAUACCCUCCACGAAAGGAUCAACAAAAAUGACCCCGACGAAUUCCCCAACUGGUGCGAGGUCUGUAAGAGCUCACACAAUCGGACGUCUAAAUCAUGGCAGAGGCUAGAAAUGGAUGACUGGCUUGGCACAAUGAGUGAUUCACUCUGGGAUGGAACAGAUGACAGCUUCAAGGGAUCUUUUGUGGAAGGAAUCGAGAGCAAGAUCGAAGGAGAUUUCGGAGGAAUUAAAUGCACUUUUGACGAUUGUGGAUUCGACUUUGCUGCAGUGACUGAUCUCUGCAUGGCAAAGGGCUGGAAUGCUUUCUAUCUCUACGUGCUGUUCGCCAUUUCUAACCUGCAACUUUACCUGAAAUCUCUACGAGAAUCAUUCGAACAUGUAUGCCAGAAUGCGGCUGAUGAUGCAGGCCUGUUGACGGAUACCUUUGCUGAUCAUGACUCCUCGCCCGAUAAAUCGCCAUCGUCAGCAUUGAUUAUCACAAGCGCGGUCAUGGCUGGAAUAGCCGCAUUGAUUAUUCCCGGGGGAGAGGCGUUGAUGCCUGCGAUGGCUGGUGCCGGUGCAGCGAGUGCUCAGUUUGGGAUAGCCAAUGGUAUCCUCACUGCCAUUAAAGAUGCAGAGCCAAACCCUGCUCUUUCUUUCGAUAAACAGUCCGCAGUGCUCUCGCACACCAUCUCCGAGGCAUCCACAACGUUUUGGGACCGAAUCACCAAAUGGGGCGCCAACAUCCUGGAGAAGAAUGUCGACAUCGACUCCCUGUCCGGCGGCAAAUCCCCAUACCACCAGCAGAUGAACAGUGCGCCGUGGGCCUUGCACGGCGGCAAAUUUUCAAGGGAAUCCACUUCAGACACCUAUAAGGGCUUCAAGGAUUCAAGCAGGGUGGCCCUGAGAAGCGGACAAGUUUCCUGGCUGUGGGGACAGGAACAGAUAUUCAUCGUGAAGGUGUCGGAGCCCAUCAAUGGCAAAGCGCCCUGUGACAUGGAUCUUGAUGGCACGCUUGACCUCAAGGCUCGCGUCUGUGAGGAUGGCACAGCCUGGUUCUUUAUUAAGAACACCGGUCUGGAUGACGAUUGGCAGGCCUUUGAUGAAGUCCCCGGGUAUAAGUCGCUGAAUGACUGGGACCUUGAUCCGCUCACCUUUGCGAAGGCGGCCGAGGCCAGUCAGAAAGCUUGCGACUGCUGGAAGCCGGUUCGCAAACCCGGUGAAACUAUCGAUUUCAUGCAAGGAGAACAUUCCCCCAAGGGAAGCUAUAUGGUCAAUCUUCCUGUCUGCGAUCUGGAUCGUAUGAAGUCCGAGGGGGCAUGGAAAGGUUCACCUACGUCGAAUCAAGACGUGGGCGAAAGAACGGACGAUGUCUGGGUCAGGUUCUAUAUCAAUAAUGCAUGCUGGAAACAAAAGGUCGACGGCGCUGCUUGGCCGUACGAGAAACUUGAGCGUCCCAAGAAGUAA